AUGGCGGUACGGCUUAAGGAUCGAAAUACAGAUGUCAGAUGGGGAGCAGUUCGAGCGCUCAGAGGUCAAUCGGUCUUGGCUGGAGAGAUCCUAAAAGCUGUAGCAGCACAUGUUGAGGAUCAAAAUGGGGCUGUCAGAAUCCAAGCGGUUCUAGCGCUUGGAGGUCGAUCGGGCCUACCCGAAGAGAUCCUAAAAGCUGUAGUGGCACGGCUUAAGGAUCAAGACAGGGAUGUCAGACGGGCGGUGGUUGAUACACUCAGAGGUCAAUCGGCCUUGUCCAAAGAGGUCCUCGGUCAGGUUGCGAAAUACCUCUACCCGAUUUGGCUGAAGGAAAGCUUUGAGGAACAUUUAAGUUGGUAUGUUGCGGAUGGAAUCUCCCACAUUGACAUGCCGGUAGGUCUCAGAAAAGUUCGUUUGGAAGAUCAGCAAGAUCGGUUCAGGGACGCAAUUCGGGAAGCGCAAAGGCACUUGGGUAUUCCACUCCCUGACACUUCAGGGAUGGAACGCUGGGUUAAGUGA